AUGGAGGAGACCGAGCCUCCGUUCAAUAGUGAGAUCAUGGGUGUAGCAAUGCCUCCGAGGUUCAGGAUGCCCCCCAUCAUUCAAUAUUGGAAUUCUGGGGACCUGACAGAGCACAUGGAAUCUUAUCGCUCCUGGAUGCGGUUCCAGUUGGCAUUGGAGGCGAUGAUGUGCAGAGCAUUCUCCAUAACCCUCACUGGGGAUAUGAGAAGCUGGUACCAACAGCUCAAGCCAAAGUCAAUCAGCACAUUCGUCGAGCUCAGGAAGAAUCCGCCAACAAAGAAUUUGCCAACCACGCUUGGAGAACUCAUAAGUCAGGCUCAAAAGUAUUCGAACGCUGAAGAAUUCUUCAGAUCGCGAAAGAAUAACCAAGGCUCGGAAUAUUCAUCCAAAGAAAAGAAGCGGAAAGAUAAAGCCCCAUCACAAGCAAACAAAAGGAAGUCGGAAGAAAGUAUCUCCCGUGAUCGGAGGCCGAGUAGGAGACUAGAAAGAAAAUUUAACUCAUAUACUCCCCUCAACACGUCUUCAGAGCAGAUCCUAUUAGAUAUUUGGGACAAGAGGCUGCUUUAUUGGCCAAGCUGCCUGAAGACGAAAGCAGGCCAACUAGACAAGCGCAGAUACUGUUGCUUUCACCGCGAUCAUGGGCACAACACCAACGAUUGUGUCAACCUAAAAGAAGAGAUUGAAACUCUUAUUCACAAAGGACAUCUGCGACAGUAUGUGAAGGAAGAGAAACAACCCCGGAAGAAUGAAUCGUCGAGCCGAGCAGCGAAUGAUGCCGUAAAUAUUCAGACAAUAUAUGGGGGGCCAUCAGGAGGUGGGGAUUCGAACCAGGCUCGAAAAGCCCACGCUCGGAGCACUAACCUCAAGCAUUAUAUCCAUCUUGUUGACAGGUUGAGCAAAGAACCUCGGAUGAGCCCAUGCAGCCUGACAUUCACAGAGGAUGACGCGCGAGGGAUCCAGCACCCCCAUGAUGAUGCACUAGUAGUCACAAUGACCGUAGCCAAUCGAAAGUGUAUCGAAUUUUGGUUGAUACAGGAAGCUCGGCCGACAUCUUGUAUUUUGAAGCAUUUGACAAGAUGGGGAUCAAUAGGUCAGGCCUCCGACCCAUUUGGACCCCAUUACACGGCUUUGCUGGUGAUAAGGUGA